CCACAAUCCUCCUCACCACCACCCCCCUCUCUCCCUCCUCCCCCGUCCUCAUCUACGCGAUGCGCUUAUCCGACACCCCGGUAACGGUAAUAACCCCAGGCACCUACCAAUCCGGUCGGAAAUGCGGGUACUGCGGGCGCGACGACGGCAGCGCGAUCUUUGGCUUCUCCGCGCUGUCGCUCACCGCCGCGGAUUAUCAGGAGUUUAUGGAUCGGGGGUAUCGUCGGUCCGGGACGUUUAUGUAUAAACCUGAUCUUCUACACUCCUGCUGUCCACAGUACGCUAUCAGACUACGCGUGAGCGACUACAAACCUUCCAAAGAACACCGCCAGACGAUAAACAGAUUCAACCGGUUCGUGCUCGGCGCCGAGUACGAAGACGCACUGCAGCGGUACGAGAAAGCGCAGAAGCCAAAAGACAAGACGCGAAAAAAAAAUGCAGAAUUCGACCUCCUACACGCCAUCCACCGCGCCGAAUCCGCGCUCCUCCCACCUUCACUCUCGCACAUCCCGCGCGCGCACGACUUGUCCGUCCGGCUCGUGACGCCGGAGUACACGGACGAGAAAUUCGCGCUCUACAAGCAUUACCAGAUAAGCUGCCACCACGACGCCGAGAACGAAAUCACAAGUUCCGGGUUCGUGCGGUUUUUGUGCGGGAAGCCGUUCGAGCUUGCGUCGUCGGCAGAAGAGGAGGGGAAGAAGAGGCUGGGAUUGUGGCAUCAGAUGUAUUAUCUGGACGGCAAGCUGAUCGCGAUGGCGGUCCUUGAUUUCCUGCCGAAUUCGAUAUCUGGGGUGUAUUUCAUGUGGGCGGAGGAGUACGGCAAAUACAGUCUCGGCAAGUUGAGCGCGUGCAGAGAAGCUGCGCUUGCGGCGGAAGAAGGCGACGAGUUUUACUACAUGGGUCUCUACAUCUACAGCUGUCAGAAGAUGAAGUAUAAAGCUGCGUUUGCGCCGUCCGAGUUGCUCGAUCCGGAACUGUACGAGUACUUUAGGUUUGACAGGUUCGAGCCGGAGUUGGAGAAGUGUGAGUAUGUCACGUUUUCGAGCGAUGCGGACGCGGUUGAGAGAGCGCGGAGGAGGCGCGUGGAGAGUGAGAUGGCGGUUGAUGACGAGGAGCGGGAUAAAACAGACGAGCAGGACGCGCAUAGCAGCGACGACGACGACGACGACGACGACGACAUGAAGACCCUAUUCGAGGCAGAUAUGCCAGGAAUCCCCCCUCUCACACAGAUCAAGACCGAGAUCGACCUAAGCAAGGUCCAAAUCCUCGUAAAUCACUACGUUAUCACCGCAAAAGUACGUCCGCUUCCCUAUUUCUCUCUAACUUGUUGAAUACAGCUCGCUGAUUCGGGGUCGACAGAUAAUGAAGCAGAAAGCGCCGGAUCUGUAUAAGAGCGUGGAGGAGGAUAUACUAGCCACCGUCGCGGCGAUGGGCGUAAAUCUUGCGUACAAAGUGCUGAUUUGGUUGACGUGAACCAUCAACCAUUUACUCGCGGCUUGGAUUGUAUAUACGUAUAAUGUCUUUGA